ACCUCCUUCUCCAAAGCAACAUGAAUCUGGUUUCGAUGAUUCUGGCCGUAGCAAUGGCCCUAACAUGCCUGAGGCCGUGGCUUCAGUGGAUUGAGUGGAUUUGGAGGUCGUGGAGGCUAUGGAUAUGGAGGUAUUGGAGGAUACGGGGGUCGUGGAAGCUAUGGAUACGGAGGUCGCGGCAACCGUGGCGGGUACUACGGAUAAUCGACUUCCUGACACCAGCCUCUUGGAUUUCACAACAUGACAGAUCAGCAAUCGAUGUCUGUUGCUUAUUGAGAACAGGUUUAAGUGCAAUUGCCUAGGAAAAGUGGGUACUGUUAUUUAGAAUUUCGUUAAGUACUAAA